GUUCAGUGGAGUAGGAAGCAGCAGCUGCCAUUUUAGCUGCGCAGGACUCGGCUUUCCCUUUAAGCAUGGAGCACAGGCGAGCUGGAAGUUAACCACCAGCUUACGUCUCCACCUGGCCGGCGGUGACUUUUACAGUUCAUAUUACUCAUUUGAUACUCCUCUUCAUGUUUAACCGCGUAGACACAAUGUAGCUUUUGUUUACAUUUGAUGGUGAAAUAGGUUUUAAUUAAGAAUGAGAAUUUCUUUACCACGGGACAAAGCAAUUACAGUGCCAUGGUGACGCUGAAUCACCUGAGUGUAGAGGACCCAGGCGACGGCUCUCCACUCUUGGCCGAGGCCGCGGAGGCUGAAAGUCCAACUCCUCUCUUUCACUGGCCGCAAGCGAUCGCAAAGACUGACUCCAGGGGGGUUUUCCUUGGCAGGAGAGAAAACCUUGCCUUCAGUCUGGUGCUGCUCAUUGGAUGCUACUCGGCUAUUCUGAUUCCUGCGUAUCUCCCGUUGGAUGAAGUGGAAGAUCUACGUGACGACAACCAACACCCCAAAGAUCCGGUCUUACUAAAUCGGUCCGCGUCCCUGCUCUCAGGCCCCUGUCAGCCUCGCUGGUGCAUGAACCACCUCCAGCUCCUGUCCCUUUCCUCAGGCCUCCUAGAUAUCCCCGUGUUUGUGCAGCAGGAGCAGUCUGCGCCGUGGGAUCUGUCCCCUCCUCUGGGGCUCCAGGGCAGUGAGAAGCAUCUGGCCCUUGCUCUGGCAUCUUUGCCCCAGCCAGGGCUGCCCGCAUCACUGGGGAGUGAAGGCCACUGCAGGCGCUGUGUGGUGGUGGGAAAUGGAGGGGUUCUAUAUGGGAGCCAUCUUGGAUCCCAUAUUGAUCAGUAUGACAUUAUUAUCAGGCUGAAUAACGCUCCAGUGUCCGGAUAUGAGAAAGACGCCGGUUCUCGCACCACGAUCCGCCUGAUUUACCCCGAAGCAGCACCUCACUCCGCAAAUGAGUACAAAAAUACCUCCAUGGUGGCUCUGGUUGUCUUUAAGAGUCUGGACCUGGACUGGCUCACUUCUGUCAUUACCAAGCAGCCUCUGAGCUUCUGGUCCAAAAUAUGGUUCUGGAGGGAAGUGGUGGAUGAUAUUCCACUGAGACCCGAGAACUUCCGGAUCUUCAACCCAGAGAUUAUUCACAAGACGGGACAAAUACUUCGGAAAUAUGGUCACAAACAGGAAAACACGGUACCAACCCUGGGGGCCAGUGCUUUGGUGAUGGCUUUGCAGCUGUGUGACCAGGUGAGCCUGGCAGGUUUUGGAUACAACAUGCAGCACCCGGGGGCCAGGCUUCACUACUAUGAGAGCAUUCGCAUGGAAGCAAUAAAGGCUCAGGUGGUGCAUGACGUAAAUGCUGAAAAGCUCUUUUUGAGGGAGCUGGUGGCUGCAGGAGCCGUGGAAGACCUCACAGGAGCUCUGUGAGUCAGUGCACAGACUGAUGAUGAACUGAACUCAACGUGCACUCCUUCCUCUCACUGUGAGCCUGUGUGGAGUCUUCCAUAAACGCUCCCGGGCAGAAGAAGCCUACAAAGUAUGAAUUAACCUUUAAAAAAAGUCUUCAGGGUUCAGACGAGUGAGCAAAUUAAAAAAAGGUUAGACAAGACAAGUUUAUGAUUGGUGAGAUGUAACCUAGCAUAUCUAGUAAUUAAAUGCAUUUAUUGAAUCACUAUCUGUUAGACAGUCAUUUUUAUAUGGAUGAAUAAUUGUGACAUCACCAAUGGGAAGACAAUCAGCCAAGGACUACUGAUUUGUAAAAUGUAUGCGAUGGUUCAAAUAAUUGAAAUCGCACUGUUUACGAUGACUCAAUAAAGAAAUUACUGUGAGAAUACUGAUA